AUGGCGAUAAUAAAGUUCAGUGCGAUCUUGUUUUUUCUUAAUCUGAAUGGAGUCCAGCUGGAGGGUUUACGAACAGAAGAUGACUUUCACGAAGGUGGCCAGAAAGUGGAUCCCGAGGUUUUCAUGAAUUCUACUCAGCUGAUAACUAGCAAAGGAUAUCCAUGCGAGAACCACUAUGUUGAAACCAAAGAUGGAUUCAUUCUCAACAUGCAAAGAAUACCACAUGGUCGUACAGGAACAAACCAAAAAGUUAACCAACCUGUCGUUAUGUUACAACAUGGACUACUGGCAAGUUCCAGUAACUUUUUAGAAAACCCAACCAAUGAGAGCCUAGCUUUCAUCCUCGCCGAUGCUGGAAUUGACGUCUGGUUGGGCAAUGUGCGCGGGAACCAAUAUUCAAGAGCCCACAAACAUCUGAAACCUUCAGACGAGAAGUUUUGGGAAUGGAGCUAUGACGAGAUGGCGAAAUACGACCUUCCAGCAAUGGUGGACCACAUUCUGUCGGUUACUGGGAAACGGCAAAUCUACUACGUGGGACACUCCCAGGGAACCAUGAUCGGAUUUUCUGGAUUCAGUCAAAACAAACAACUGGGAUCCAAAAUCAAACUCUUUAUUGCCCUGGCCCCCGUCGCGAGACUUGGACAUAUUGAAAGUCCCAUAAAAUAUUUAGCUCCAUUUGCAAAUUAUAUUAACUUGUUCGCAUCAUUAUUCGGGAAAUAUGAAUUUCUGCCUCAUAAAAACUUUUCAACGUUCCUAGCGUCUGAAUUCUGUGACAAAAUUGGAAUUGACAUGGUGUGUGAAAAUAUGAUAUUUAUCCUUGGGGGAUUUGACACCAAAUAUAUGAAUGUGAGCAGAGUGCCUGUGUAUGUAGCUCACAGCCCGGCAGGAACGUCUGUCCAGAAUAUGGAACACUUUGCGCAGGGUGUGAACCACGACAGGUUUCAGAUGUACGACUAUGGAACUCAGGAUGCCAACAUGGCGCACUAUGGCCAGAUAACCCCGCCAUUGUAUCAUGUGGAUGAGAUGGAGACGCCAGUAGUUUUGUUCAGCGGAACUCACGACUUUCUGGCAGACCCCACUGACGUCAGCUGGCUGGCACCACAACUCAAGAACAUGCGCGCACACCACGUGAUCCCAGAGUGGGAACAUAUGGAUUUUGUUUAUGCUGUAAAUGCACCACAGAUGUGCUACAAUAAAAUAACAAGUCUUAUUUUGCAAUAAAUAUUUAUUU